GCUGCCUGACGAAGACCAGCGAGAAUGGCACACUUCCUGUGGUGUCAGUAAUGAGAGAAACAGAGUCCCAGUUACUUCCAGAUGUGGGAGCUGUUGUCCCCUGUAAGCAAGGAAGAUAUCUGGGCAACUGAAAAAGAUAAGGUAGACAUUUACAAGAGCUUUCGGACAGGUAACAUAGUUUUGGCCAAAGUUAUCUCCAUAGGUGAUGCACAGUCCAAUUACCUGCUGACUACUUGUGAGAAUGAGUUAGGAGUUGUGGUGGCCCACAGUGAGUCAGGUGUCCAGAUGGUUCCCAUCAGCUGGUGUGAGAUGAAGUGCCCCAAGACCCACACUAAGAAAUUCUUAAAAGUAGCCAGAGUAUAG